AAGUCCUUUCUCUUCCUCUAUUCGGCCAGGUCUUCAAAAUAAUCACCCAGUUUGUAAGUUGUCAAUAGCCCGUUCAUGGAAAUGAUCUUGCCAGACAGCCCGAGAUGACUUUCUUGGUGCCGAUGAUGUAACGAUUGCACAGCUGGUGGCGUUGACUGACCCCUUGACUUUGGUGGACCGGAGAUGGCCACUAGCUCGCUUCCGCUCGGGAAUGCAGGCGGGCGUAGGAUUCAUUCUCAGUUUGGGGCUUCUCUAUAUACUUCGCUUCGACUGCGAUCGCCGAGGGGUCAGAUCCACCACGAUGUGCUUCCGUGUGAUAGGCCGGACGAGCAGAGUUUCGGGCAAUUGCAUAUCAAUAAAUAGCCUCAUCAGAACAUCUACGGGACUAGGUUUACCCCAAGUACCAUCCAUAUUUUUUCAAUAGAACGUUGUCCGGGCACCUGAAGAAUAUUUGGUGCUCACAUUGCUGGAAUAAUCAUUGUUACUUCACACCCCGUUUUUGCGGUUGGAUUAACCCCGCAUUUCCUGCGGGGCCAGCUUUCUUUCCCCGUAAAACGAUAGCGGCAUCCCACUGACUCAUGGG